GAAGCUUUCCCUUUCCAACGCCCUGACGUGGCCCUCUGGCUCCGAUAAGUGCCGGGAGAAAUGUCUCUAGAUGAAGAAAGCUUGGAGAUAGCCGCCAAUGGCGGUUUGAUGGAUUGCGAGAAAUGGCCAAGCCUUGUCGAGCCGCUGCUUGAGCGAUUGGAAUAUAUCAUGUACAAUGUUUUCGUGAUGCCGGAAAUCCCCCCAGAGACUCCAAAUACCUUACCUCUUCAUCCUCCGUCGCUGAACGCGCCCACCUCGCCCUUGCUGCAAGAUCCCAAUUCCGCUCCGUCGAGUAGCAACAAGGAAAAUGCAGCCCCUUCAGAAUUACAGACCCCGCCACGACCUUCAACGUCAUCAAUGUUACCUCCAUCCUCGAUCGAACGUGUUCCUGAUUCCCAGCCCGCAUCUCAAAUAGUCACCUCAAACGGGACCCUCCCGGCACCCUUACUAUUACUUCUUCAGUCCAUUAAAUCGACACUGAGGUCUCUUUUUUCCUCCAAACCUCCUCAUACUAUCCAGAGACUUGCAGAGCUUAUUCUUCGUCCCCAUGUGCAUUAUAAGACCCUCCCAGCUUACUUGCGAGCCGUCGACCGCGUUGUCUCCGUCACUAGUACCGCAGACGUAUUCCCGCUCCCAAUGCAAAGCGGUGCCACGCAACUGAAUGGCGUCAUAAACGGGACUGAGAAUACCUUUGUGUUUACGGAUAAUGCUUUAGCGAGUGACGAGUCUCUGGGGGGAGCUUUGCUGACUCCCAUCCCGUGGCUGAACAAUGCUGCUUCCUCGGAAACCGAAGGAGCCGCUAUGGACGACGAUGCGGGAAUUUUGACCUCUGCAGAUCCGCUUCAACAGAUUAUGACCCAAGGAGUAAAUCCUGAACAGCAACAAACGAUAGAGACGGGCAUUCUCGAGGGAGAUAUGAUGGACAGCUCUGCCACACCGGCCGACCCCGCCGAUGAAAUCCCUCAUGCUCGAGGCCCGUCUGUUCUCGGCGUGGAAGACAUGGGUCUCCAGGAUGGCAAGGGUGUUCAAAUGACCCUGUUAAACACGGGUAGUGAGAAUGACGCUUGCUCUACAGAACAAAUGUCCCGAGACCAACCUGCUCAGUCAUCCCAACCCAGCCCAGAAAACAAGGAAUCCAGCCCUUCUACGAAAGACACUGAUGGUGACGGGGACAUUGCCCUCUCAGAUGAACCUUCUUCUGCGUCUUGGGGAGUUGAAGCCCACUAACCAACCUGAGUGCAGAUAGAUAGAGCAAGAAAAUCACAAUGCAAUUUUACUAGCAGCAGGAGUUUGCGGCCAGAUUUCUCAUUAUACGAUCACCAUUUUUUUUUUUUUUUUUUU